CUUUACACACUAUCGGUGGCACUGUCGGCCAUUGUUGCUUCACAGGCACCCUUUUGAAAAGUGGCGCUCUUCACUUUCAUUUCAAAACCCCUCUUUUUAAAACACACACACACACACACAGCCUAAAAUCCCUUGGAAUCUGCGAUUGAGAGACAGAGAGAGCGAAGACGAAGAUGAUAGUUCGGACUCCGCCUCCGAAGAGGCCGCGGUCCGAAACGAUGCCCCCGGAGAGCCCAUCGGCUGCCGGGUCGGACCGCCGUAUGGUCAUCUACGAGGACUCUCCUUUGGCGGCGCCGCUCCACGAGUCGCCGCAACAGCACUCCGAUCAUCUCCUCUGCACCUACCAAUGCCGCCAAAUGGUUAAAUCGGAGUUUCUAGAUGCUUUAAGCAGUGCAGAGAAGCAAGUUUGUGAUUACCAAUCCAGAUUUGAGACAAUGAAUGAGAAUUUCAGCAAAGUUGAAGCUGAGAGGAAGAAAUUUUUAGAUCAAUUCUUAUAUGCAGAACAAGAACUUGCUGCUGCAAAAGGGCGCGAACAGGCACUGCAAGAGCAGCUUUUGAAAGAGGUGAAUGAUUUUCAGGAACGAUUUAGAAAACAAAUACAAUCACAAAGCGAUCUUGAGGUAAAGCUCCACAAUGAAAUGAAUCUUCGCAUGAAAGCCGAGUCUUCAGUAGCUUCAGCUGAAGAGAAAGCAAGUGUUUUAGAGCGAAAACUAAACCAUAUUUCUGAAAGCAUCGAGAGGGACAAAAAGCGUCUCCAUAAUGAGAUUGAACAGCUGAAAAGAGAAUCAAAGCUUUCUGUAUCUAGAAUAAGUGCGGAUCUGGAAAGAAUGGAAUGCAGAGCUAAAAAUGCUGAGAAAGAAUCUGACCUACUGAAAGAGCAGCUGGACAAUCUUAAGAAGCAACUUACUGAGUGUUUGCACCAGAAGAAUGAAGUGGAGCAGAAAUUAUCAAGUUUCACAUUUCAAGAAGACUCUUCUACAGAUAGUAAUAUUUUGGUUAAACAUCUUCAAGAAGAGCUAAGAAACUAUGAGGCUGAAGUGAGAGAAGCGAGAAAGUUGAGGUCAUCUCAUGAAAACAUUGAGUUAUUGAAGGAAAAAUUAUUGGAGGAAAAGGGUCGCAGAGAGAGGGCAGAGGCAGAGUUGCCUAAAUUGCAAGAAUUCGAGAUGAGUAUGAAGAAGCUGGAGGAUGAAUUGUCAUCUUGGAAGUUGAUGAUUAGUGAAAUUCCUGGUGUGUCAUGUUCUGAGGAUAUACCUGUUAAAUUUGCAGCUUUACAAAAAGAGGUGAUUGAUAGCACUAUGAAGGUAGGAGAUGCAAAUGCCCGCUUGAAACAAUUGGAGGUAGCUCUUGAUGCUGCUCUAAGCGAAAAACAAAAUGCUGAAACUGAGGCUGCAUUGGUCAAAGAGAAGGCAGCAGUAUCAAAAUCAGAGGUUAAGCGGAUUGAAUUGAUGCUUUCUAUGGUUACCGAAGAAAGAGAUAAAUUAAGAAAUCUUGUUAAUGAAUUCAAGAGGAUGAAGAAUGAUGAAGCAGGGGAUGAAGUAGCCAGUGGGACUCUUGUUCAGGAGCUUGAAUCAUCUCUUGCCAAGAAAGAAUUCUGUAUUAAUGAAAUGGAGAGUAGUUUACAUGUGCAAAAGGAAGUCAAUACUCGUCAAUAUGAGGAGAUAAAGUUGCUCAACGAGAAGUUGAAUAAUGAGGCAAGGAAAAUAAAAUCAUUGGAGAGGGAGGGUGAUCGGCUUCGUUCAGAGAUUGCUCUAUUGGAGUCAAAGUUGGGCCAUGGUGAUUAUUCUGCUGCAAAUACGAAAGUUCUGCGAAUGGUGAAUACCCUUGCGGUUGAUAAUGAUGCAAAACAAACUAUAGAGGCAUUGCGGACUGAGUUACAGAAGACCAAGGAGAAGUUACAAGCUGUUGAAGAAUUGAAGAGUCAGUCAGGUGAUGCUGGGACACUGGUGGAUUCCUACAUAUCUGGGAAGAUAACGCAGUUAAAAGAACAAAUUGCGACACUUGAAAAACGUGAAGAGAGAUACAAGACUGUUUUUGCGGACAGAAUUUCAGUGUUCAGGAGAGCAUGUUGUGAACUUUUUGGUUUCAAGAUUGUAAUGGAUGAACAUCAGCGGUCCAAUGGAAUACCAGUUACACGUUUUACUCUCCAAUCUAUUUAUGCGCAAAGUGAUGAUGAGAAGCUUGAAUUUGAAUACGAAUCAGGGAAUACAACCAUUUUGGCAAAUGAUUACACCUCUCAGCCAGAGAUAUCCCGUCAGGUUGAGAUAUUUAUUCGGAAGAUGAAUUCGAUUCCAGCUUUCACUGCCAACUUGACGGUGGAGUCUUUCAACAGGCGAACCUUAUCUUAAAAUUAAUGAACUUAUACAGCCCAAAAUAUAUCUGGAAUCUGCACUUCUCUUGCAGAUGAAUGAAUCUGUAUACAUUGCAAAUUCAACAUGUAUUUGUUAGUCGAGGCCUUGAGGGUCUUGUGAUGGAACAAUUGAUCAUGGUUUUGCUUCAUCUGCUAGGAUUUUAUGAGUAUUGAUUUCUAUUGACUUCCUGGUAUAAAGCUUGUUGAGAAUUUACCUAGCAGUUGAUGAAAUGUAAAUAAUUCACAAGUGGACAUGUAACUUUCCAAUUGUUAUCAUUAAAGUGAGUGCUCUUUUGUGUCAAA